CGUUAAAAUAAUAACUAUUUACAGCGAUUUCUAUUAAAAUUCUAUCAGUCUUUUGGGGUAAGUACAUUUUCAAUGUCAAUAUCGCACUUUUCGUGUUAGUUACUGCUAAUCAAAAAAUGUAAGUUUUUCGUGUGGUUGUCAACUCGCCACUACUGUAUAUUGUGUAGGAAGCGUGUUGUUAAUUAUUGUGCUUUGUAACCCCUUGACAUCGAACGCAAAGGGUUUUUUUUUCCGCGCCAGGUCCUCCGGAAACAUAUGGCACACGUUUUCAUUUUUAUAUACUUCCUUCGAAUUUUGUUUGUAUCGAAGGCAUGAAGGUGUCGUAGUUAUUUUGUCUGUCACGAAGUUUUCGCGAAAAUGGUUGUGAAAAGUUCCACAAACGUUCAACUCACCAAGGUUUACUAUUACGAUCGAAAUAACCGGCACAGGAACAUGGAAAUUUUCACCCUGACCCGGGAAACGUUAGAAAACAAAAUAAACAAAGACAAAAUAAUCAAAAAGAAUAUUUUCGGCCACAGAUGGAUUUUGAAAAUCAACGAAGUCGAAGGAAUCAAAAGACAAAGUAGUGGGAAAUUAGUUGUGUACUUGCUCGUUGCAUUUUCUUUGAUAAUUGCAGUCGUUUUUGGAAUUGUCUUCUUUGUAGAUGCCAAAUAUUUCAAAAUAUUUCACCCCAACGAAGUGCCAAAUUUAAAAAAUAACAGAACACGUUUAGAAAAUAACACAAAAAAACUUAGUACGGGAGCUGUCCAAAAAGUUCCUGAAUAUAACAACCGCAAAGAAAACAAAACGAAGAUUGAAAUAACAACUGAAAGUCCCUUGCAAAAGAUUUGUGGUGCAUGUAAAUCGAACGAAAUUUGUUUGAACACAUCACGCACCCCUGUUUGUGUCAAAAUAGUAAACAAAAACGACCCUACGGGGUGCGGAGGUCAUUGUAAAAUUAAUUCGGAGUACUGUAAAGUUUUAGACGCGAAAGCGCGCUUGGUUCAAUGUUUGCCCGAUAAAUUGGGCUUGCAAUGUCCCCAAAAUCAACACAAUUGCGGUAAUAUGUGCAUCAAUAAAACACAAAUGUGUGACGGAUACAUACAUUGCAUUGAUAAGUCUGACGAGACUGAUUGUGAGUGCAAUUUAAAUACUCAUUUUCGCUGCGGCAGUGCUACUUCCUGUUUAAAAAUAAGCAAAAAAUGUGACGGAAGAAUUGAUUGUUGGGACGCCUCUGACGAAAAGGGUUGCUAUGAUCAAGAUUGUUUGCCUGAAGAAUAUCCUUGCAGGGGUGGUUCUUGUAUUCCUUUGGAAAAAAUUUGCGAUGGUGCAUAUGACUGUACCGAGCAAGAUGACGAGACUAUAGGGUGUUUAAAAAAAUAUUUGACCAAAAGAAAUUAAACAUCUGCAUGACUGAUGUUCACUUGGAAUUUAUUAGGUUCUUCCACAAAAAUUAGAAAACAAACGAGUGUUGUUGCAUUUUCUAUUUCAUCUACUGUACAAUAAAUUAGUAAAUUUUCGAGUGAGUGAGUGGUUCGUUCGUGUCUGAAUUUUAAAAUGAAAAAAUAUAUUUUUUUUAAAAUAUUUGUACUUUGAAUUUCCUGAGGAGGGAGGCGUAUGCCCUUAUGUUACCUUGAGAAGAGGAUUUAGUUUUCAAAAGGUUUUUUUUUAUGUUACAUUUUAGUUUAUGUCUGCUGUAA